CACUCAGAACCGUGAAUCCCAAAGAGCCUGGAGCCUGAGGCCCUGGUCCACCCAGUCCACUGCCCCAAAUCUGGCGCCCUGGGAUCUGCACCCUGCCCUCCGUUAGGGGAGGCUGGUGCAGGGGCUGCUCCUUGGGUCUCCCGGGCGGCUGGGAGCAGGUGGUCGCACCCCUGUGCAGGGCUGAGCACUAGCUGCCCUGGGAGGGUCGCCUUAUUUGUAAGAGUCCAAAAUUGGGUCCACUGGCAAGAGAAGGAAUGGCUCUAUGAAUUAUGGUGUGUUAGUACGUGGACUAUUUCAAAAAGAACAAGGUCAUUUUGUAUAAAUUACAUUGGACAUCUCUGAUACAGUGUGAUUUUUAUUCCUCUGAAACUUUUAACACAAGAAAAUAAAACAAUUUGAACAUGCUAAAUAUGUUACAAGUCACUUCCCCCAAAUUUAAACAAAUGCUGUUUUUAAAAAUUCUACCCUCAUACUUUCUAAAGUUAAUAACAGAGGAAAACGGGUAUGUCUUUCAGCGUAUAGGACUAGAGUGUGCUCUGCCCUUCAUGCGGACUUACGUGCCAGGAGACGCUGGGCACCCGCUCUUUCCCGUGUUGCCGUGUGUUCAUGUGGACACUGCAGUGGGCCCCGGGGCUCAAAGCUGGAGAUGAAAUAGUGGACCUCACCUGUGAGUCUUUGGAGCCCGUGGUUGUCGACCUGACACACAACGACUCUGUAGUGAUCGUUGAUGAAAGGAGGCGGCCCAGGAGGAACACUAGGAGGCAGCGCCAGGACCACGCUGACAGCUGUGUGGUGAGCAGCGAUGACGAAGAGCUGAGCAGGGACAGGGACGUGUAUGUGACCACGCACACUCCCAGGAACGCCAGGGAAGAGACAUCGCCGGGGCUCAGGCCCUCCGGCACGGUCAGUUGUCCGAUCUGCAUGGAUGGAUACUCAGAGAUUGUGCAGAAUGGGCGUGUCAUUGUCUCUACAGAGUGUGGCCACGUCUUCUGCAGCCAGUGCCUCCGAGAUUCCCUCAAGAACGCCAACACUUGCCCGACCUGCAGGAAGAAGAUGAGCCACAAACGCUAUCACCCCAUUUAUAUCUGAUGCGCUGCGAGCUGCCUCGGAGAAGGACGGACAGUGACAUCCCCGCGGGCUCCUCACGCGGCCUUCGUGGGUUCUCUGCCUCCAAUUUCCUGAGCUCAAAAGACUUUAAACCAAGGCCUGAUAUGUAGACUGCUCCUUAUUUCCAGCCCUCUGAGGUCCUCUCGUUACCUCCAGCUUGAUGCCUCAGCCGGAGCCACAGCCCUGCCGGCCGGGUGUGGCCUGCUCCCCUGGCGGCCUGGUUCCAGGGCAGGCGAGGAGCUGAGCGCCUUGAAGUUGAGAAGCAGGUUCCAGCCUCUCCGGGACCUGCACGUUUGCCAAGAUGCUCCCCCGCGUGGGAGGUUUGCGCAGCUUCCCCCAAGUGUUGUCGGGGAGCCGGCCCUGGUCAGGGCAUGAGCCAGUCCACCCAGCUCCUGCGGGCAUGCUACCUCACCCGGCCUCUGCCCGCACAGUGACCGAGCCGACAGCCCCGGAGGACCAACCACUGGGCUCCUUCCCGACCUUCGCAGUGACAGGCAGGGAUUUCUGCAGGGCCAUGCCCAGGCCUCUGAGGAUGAAACGUGCAAUAAAGCCCGUCCACCGCCGCCUCCUCGCAGCCCAGGAGAUGCAGCACCGUGAGUGUCCCUCAGGCCCCGCCCUGUCCUGUCACCCCGUUCUCAGGAACUGACCAGGCCCCAGGGUUCCCCUCCUGGCGCGGGCCAGGCACGGUACACAGGGCAGGCCUGUACUCGGUGUCCGCUCCUUUCUGAUAAAAUCCGUCCUCGUCACCAUAUGCCCGUUGGUCCUCAGUCCCCGCUGCCCACGGUCUCCUCAAGUAUGGACACCGGAAGGCGGUGCAGUAUUUGUGGCCUUAUCAGCCCAUGUCCAGCUGUUGCCCAAGCCGCAGCCACCCCGUGUCUCAGAGCGUGGCCCACCUGACGAGCUGGGUCCUGCCUUGGCCUUCUCACCACCCCACCAACCCACCAUUUCAGAAGCUGAUCCUCUGGUCAUCUGGACUGUGGCCCUCUGCAGUUCUGGUUGGCAAAGUUCUGUGGCCUCUCCUCACCAAGGGGCAGAUAACACCCCCUGCCCACUCUGCAGGCGUGGGAGCCUCUGGUUUCCAGGUGGCAGCACUGCUCCUAACGCACAGGGCUGAGGGGUGACGGGAGUGCCAGCCUGCCCCACCUCCACACCCUCCUCACAGGCCUCAAGCCAGACAGCAGCCUCUGCGUGUGGAGCAUCGGCAGGGGGAGCGGCCCUGGCUUUGCAGCAAUAACUGGCCUUCAGUUCCCUGGAAGGAGCAGGGACUUGGCACAGUUCACUUUAACGGGGCUGAAGGAGUGUCCCUCUUCUGUGAAAGUUUUAUUCUUCAUUCUGCCUUUGUAGCUGUUUGGCUCACUUCCAAUUAGUCUGUUUUAAUGAAAGGAAUAAUGUUCUACUUGGAGGUGAGGAGGCAGGACAUGGUUCCCACAGCGGCUGUGCCGUGUCUGCCCUCCGACCGGACAUGGUUGCCGUCGCGUUUCUUCCGGGCUGCGUGGGAGCGUCUCCUGUGACCUGACAUUACUAGCCUCCAGGAGCCGGGAUGACCACACAGCCCAAGCCCUGCUUUACAUUUGAGAACAAACGACUGAUCAUGAAAGCUGUGCUUCUACAUUAAAUUGGGGGGAUGUUAAGUUUCUACUGUCAGAAACUACAAAAUAGGAAAAGGUCGAUAUGAAAACCCCUCCUUCUCAGUGUACAUAGUCCAAAUCUUUCUUUGUUACGUUUAAACUUUACCCAUAAUGUCAGUCUGUUUCGGACCUCUGCUGGUGUUACAGAUGGAAAUAAAACCAGGAAUUUGAACCAGG